UGUAUUGAGAAUGAUCGAGGCCUCAAAAUCUGCGCUGGUGAUCCAUGCGAGACACGGCCAUGUAAGAACAACGCUACAUGCGUAACUGACAAUGACUCAUUUCAAUGUGUGUGCCGCACUGGGUUUGCUGGUAAACUGUGCGAUUCGGACAUCAAUGAGUGUGAACUGAUGCCGUGUCAACAUGGUGGUACAUGCAUUAAUGUGGAAGGCUCAUUUGAGUGCCUCUGUGAGGCGAGAUACAGUGGCAGCCAGUGCGAGAACGAAGCGCUCACUUGUGCAGCGAGUCCCUGCCUCAACCAAGGAACGUGUAUCGAUACACAGAAUGGCUUCUAUUGCAUCUGCCCAUAUGGUUUUGAAGGGAAAACAUGCCAGAAUGAGAAAGCAACCUCCAUGUGCAAAUGUCCGGACCCUAAACAUAAGUGCACGUUAGUGGAUGGAAAGCCGACCUGCUCAUGCCCUCAAGGAUUUACGGGUCCGACUUGUGAAGAAAGCGUGCGCGGAUGCGAUUCCGAGCCCUGUCGAAACGGUGGACGUUGCCAGAACAUUCCUGGCGGAUUUCAGUGCUAUUGCUCACCUGAAUAUGGUGGCGACACGUGUGAAAAGGCUAUCAAGUGUCUCGUA